CCCCUCCUAGGCGCGUGUGGAGAAACAGGUGGCCUUCGAGGAGAAAGGAGAGGAGCUGGAGAGGAACAUGGCAGAGUGUAAGAGACGUCUGGAAGAGGUGCAGUACAGAGUGAAGGAGUUAGAGGAGGAAGGAAAGAAGGAGGGAGAGGAGGAGAGGAAGACGGCGCUGAGCAAGGCCCAGGCCGAGGAGAAGAAAUACAGAAAGGAUCAACGCUUGUGGGAGAAGAAGAUGGAGGAACACCGGAGAGAGGAGAAAAAGAUGCCUUGGAACGUUGACACGCUCAGCAAAGAGGGAUUCAGCAAGAGUAUUUUGAACAUCAAACCGGAAGUGACCGAAGAGACGGAGGAACAGAAGGAGGAGAAACACCAGACUUUUGUAGAUAAACACAAGAAAGAGAUCAAACACUUUGGGAUGCUUCGGCGUUGGGAGGACAGUCAGAAGUACCUGUCUGACCACCCUUACCUGGUGUGUGAAGAGACGGCUAACUUCCUGGUCAUCAUGUGUAUCGACCUGGAGGUGGAUGAGAAACAUGGUUUGAUGGAUCAGGUAGCCCAUCAGACCAUAGUGAUGCAGUUCAUCUUAGAGUUGGCUAAGAGCCUGAAGAUCGACCCUCGAGGAUGUUUCAGAGAGUUCUUCCAAAAGAUCAAGACUGCCGACCAGCCCUAUCAGGAGGCCUUUACUGAUGAGCUGGAGUCCUUUAAAGAGAGAGUUCGAGGCAGAGCUAAGAUCAGGAUACAAAAGGCUAUGGAGGAGUAUGAGGAGGAGGAGAGACAGAACAGACUGGGGCCAGGUGGACUGGACCCUGUGGAAGUCUACGAUACUCUGCCAGAGGAAAUGAAGAAGUGUUUUGAUGAUAAAGACAUCUCAAUGCUGCAGGAAGCUAUCAGCAAGAUGGACCCCAUGGAGGCAAAGGGCCACAUGAAGAGGUGUAUUGACUCAGGACUCUGGGUUCCCAACGCCAAUACCGACAACGAAGAGGACAAAGAAGAAGACGAGGAAGAGGACAAAGAAGAUGAGGAAGAAGCAGAGAAGGAGGGAGAGGCGGAGGAGGAGAAAUGACUCUGUCAUGAAUUGAACCCUUCCUUUAGACUUUUGACCUUUUCAGACCUAGCUACACCCUUUACUAGCGUUAGCUUGUCUUAUUGAAAACAUGCUGUGAAGAUGCUAACUUCCUAGCGUUAAUUGGGCUAGUAUCGCUAGCAUUAGCCUGACCCAUUGAAAACCUGCACCGGGCCAGUAUUUACAAAGAGUCAGCUCUAGGAUCAGAUUCCCCUCUCCAAUCCUGACGUUAACCAUUUGUGGAAAAUGUUAAACUUCAUCCUGCUCCAGUUUCUACCCAUAGUCCCUUUCUCCAUGACCCCAUCUUUAUAUUAACCCUCCCCCACCUCACUUCUACCCAUAGUCCCU